AUGGAGCCCAGUUCCACAGAGGGAGGAGCUGAGGAGACGCUCCUUAAAAACCUUCCACCAAGUCCUCCUCACAAAGUGAUCCUCAAACAUGGACAAGAGCUGGAGGAAGAGCAAGAGGAGUUGGCUGAGCACCGGCCUCUGGAGCAGGAAGACCUGAACUUUGAGAGAUGGAAGCGCAGGCCGUUACCCAAGAGGACGCUCCACCAGAAAAUAGACGACAUAAAGACAUACCUGUGGAAUGCGGAGACCAACGAAUUCAUGGGUCGCUCUGGAAAGAGCUGGAGCCUCAUCCUUCUCUUCUACGCUGCACUUUAUAUCUUUCUUGCAGCCAUGUUUGGUGGCUGUAUUUUUUGCCUCAUGUGGUCCAUUAGUCCCUACCAUCCGACCUUCAACGAUAGAGUGAUGCCACCAGGUAUGACGAUGGCCCCACACCUAGAGGGCCAUGACAUCGCCUUCAACGCCACCGAUCGCAAAUCCUGGAAGAAGUACGCCAGGUCGAUGGACGAGUAUUUACGACCGUACAACGAUGGCGUUCAGGAGAGGAAGAACAUCCGGUGCACACAGGACAGAUACUUCAUGCAGGACGACUUGGAGGAGAGUGCCGAACGGAAAGCGUGUCAGUUUAAGAGGUCCUGGUUGGGGGACUGUUCGGGGCUGCAGGACCCCAACUAUGGCUACUCUCAGGGAAGGCCAUGCAUCCUCCUUCGAAUGAAUCGGAUUCUUGGUUACUUACCUGGCCAGGGCAAACCAAUAAAUGUGACUUGUGACGUAAAGAAAGGACCACCAGAAGCCUUGGGAGAACUCCAGUUUUUUCCUAAAAGCAUUUUUGACAUGAAUUACUACCCGUACUAUGGGAAGCUCAGACAUGUAAACUACUCUGCACCGGUGGUGGCUGUGCGUUUUGCAAGGGUGCAGUACGACUCACACAUCCAAGUACAAUGCAAACUGAAUGGAAAGGGCAUCAUCAACGAUUCACCCACCGACCGCUACCUGGGGAGCGUGACCUUCUCCUUGGAGGUCGGCGCUUAAGGCAAUGAUGUCUCUGCCAGCAGGAUGCUCCCGUAACAAUCAGGCUGGAAAAUUUACAAUGAAAAAAAAAAAAAUGAUGUCAUUCCAUUAUUUUUCAUGAAAUAUGUAAUUUCCUUCUUCUCAUCUUUCACUUAAAUCUUCAUUUCUUGUGCUGUGAAAACAAAUUCCUCAAGAAGUAGAUAUUUACUCUUGUGUUUCUGUGAUAUCUCUGUGCCACUGGCCCCUGCACCCACAACAAAAACAGUGCUGAGCACAGGAGGAGUGCAUAGAGCAAGUUACAAUUCAGUUCCUCAUAUUUCGUAAUGAUUAGAAAGAUUAAUCAAACUAAAUUACUCUCUGCCCAAUAGUUAGCGUUUCUGGCUAUGCAAAUCCAAUUAUAACUUAAAACUUUACUAGGUGAUUAGAUAUAUUGUUUUGUCUGGUUAGAUGAUGGUUUUGUGUCACACAUUUUUGUAUGACAUGUACUAAUUUGUUUUGCAUUAUAUUUUUCAAACUUGUAUAUUGUAAGAAUUCAAAGAAGUAUCAUGCAAACACUGAACGCAGGACUUGUACUGUACUUACACAGUAAAAAUAUACAUAAUGACUGCAAAUAUACUAUGAUGUCGAAUAGAGCAGAAUUAUACAUUUAUGAUAAAGUAUCACAAUCCACUUCUUGCCUUCUUUUGUAAAAACAUCUGCUUUUGAAAAUGGAGUACUACACAAGACUGAUCAAUAAAGAGACAUAUUGUACUGUG